AUGGGUGUGAUUGGCUGUAACAAGAUUAAUGAAGUUUGCAACGGAAAGUAUUGCACGUUUUGUAAGUAGUACAUUUUAAAGAAGAAGGAGAGGGGCAGGAUAGGGUAUCCGGAAAAAGAGUACGGCUAAAGCAAGGGAUGGCAAGGCGCGGUAAAGCUAUGGCAAGGUUAGACAAAAGGUAAAUGAAGGGCAUAGAACAGUAAAAGUAUAGAAAGAGUUAGGUAAAGUAAGAUGUGAUAAAAUCGGGUAUGGUACGGUAUAAAACGAUGUCAUGAGCUAGGGUGGGAUAAUGCAUAGUACAGUAGGGUAGAGUAGGAUAAAGUCAAGGAAGGUACAACAUAGUACGAUAUGGUUGGGUAGGGUAGAGUAGGGUAGGGUAAGGUAGGGUAGGGUAGGGUAGGGUAGGGUAGGGUAGGGUAGGGUAGGGUAGGGUAGGGUAGGGUAGGGUAGGGUAGGGUAGGGUAGGGUUGGGUAGGGUCGGGUAGGGUAGGGUAGGGUAGGGUAGGGUAGGGUAGGGUAGGGUAGGGUAGGGUAGGGUAGGGUAGGGUAGGGUAGGGUAAGGUUAGGGUCUAUACUAAAUUUCUUACAAUUCAUGGCUCAUUACUGUAUGAACAGCUUAGCAAACUAUUUUACAGACCGCCAUCGUGAUCUUCAAAAAAAUCCAGAUCGAUAUACGUUGAAACGGAGCUGCUCGGACACUCCGUUCUUCACAUACGGAUACGACAAACAGACAUUCGGCGUCAGAAAUCGCUGCAUUCGAAGGUGAUUUAUUAACUUUUUAUUGUAAAAUACGGUUUUUUGACUAGCCAUCUCACUGUCAUCAAAGUAAAAACCUCAAAAAAUUUUUUUUAAUUUUAAAAUUAAAAAACAAUUAAAUUUUAGUAUAAGUGGCAACAACGAAUGGAUGCUACAAAUAUGUGAUGGAUCAGACUACUGUAAUUAUGAUUGUAACACAAACCUCAAAGGAGCUUCUCACAUUCCAACAAUCUCUUUGCUACACACUGUAUUAGUACUGCCUUUAAUUAUGUUUGUCUUGUAA